AUGCCGGAUCACUUGGAUGGCGACGAUGCGUCGUCACGAGAUUACACAACGGUCUCUGAAGCGACGCCGCUAUUGCGGUCUGAUACAAGUUCGCAGACAAGUCGGAGCAGCUCCCUGUCAGGUGCAAGCAGACAACAUAAUGCACUGCCGCUGAAAGCCGCCCCAGACCUCGAUGAACCGCAUGUCAAAGUCAGCCGUAAUAGGGCAAUUGCUAUCAUGGUCAGCGUGUAUAUCCUCAUUUUCCUGCAAGCGUGCAACAUGUCAGGCAUGACUAUGGCGCAAAGCACCAUAGCAGAAGAGCUCGAUGCUUAUGAGUCGGCUACCUGGUUCACUUCGUCGUAUUUGAUUGCCAUGUCGUCGUUUGGUCCCCUAGCAGGUCGCCUGGCAGCUAUCUUCUCCCCACGGCUCAUCAUACUGGUUACCUCGGUUUUCUUCGUGCUUGGCGGACUUGUUUCGGCCCAAGCGCAGAGUUUGUCGGUAUUUAUUCUUGGGAGAGUGCUCACGGGCACGGGAGGUGCUGGCAUCUUUGUUACCGCGAUGAUCUUGGUCCUUGAGUUAACGAAUAAGAGGAAGAGAGGCCUGUUUGUUGGGCUGGUCAACACAGCCUUCACAACAGGCAUCAGUUUAGGAGCGGUCUUCUUCGGUGGGUUGAUACCAAUCACCGGCUGGAGGUUUCUGUUUUGGGUUCAAACCCCGCUCGCCGCCAUGGCAGGCCUUGGAGUCUAUUUGAGUUUGCCCAAAUCAUUUGAACCUGGCAAGGAAGGGAAAUAUAUUUCAACGUCUGACAAGCUGAAGAAAAUCGAUUAUCUCGGUGCCGUCCUGCUGACUGGCGCACUGAUAACCUUCCUAUAUGGUCUCUCCAACACAAUCCAGCUUGUCCCGAUCGUCAUAUCGGCUGGCAUGCUUAUCGCAUUUGUGCUGGUUGAAUAUUUUGUGGCCGCAGACCCGAUUAUUCCCAUUGUGGUCCUGCAAAGUCGAGGUGCAUUGCUCUCCUGUCUCUCACAGUUGGGUUUCAUGGCGGCGCGAUGGACAAUCCUGUUUUACGCUCCCAUCACUGCUCUGGCCGUCUUUGGAUUCAGCCCAGCCACGAGUGGUAGCAUGCUGAUCCCCACCAAUAUUGGAUUCGGAGUAGGCGGCCUCAUCGUUGGCUGGCUUCAUGUUAAGCGCGCCGGAAGCUUCUGGCUGCCCUGUUUGGUGUCGUUGGUGCUUUUUGGUUUAUCACUGUUUGCCUUGAGCUUUACCAGCAGCCCGAGUGUACCGACGUGGGUCUUCGUGGGAACCAUUUUUGUUAACGGUCUAUGCACCGGUGCCGCACUGAAUUACACUUUAGCGCACAUGUUGCACCUCACGCCCAGCAACACGCACUAUAUCGCCACAAGUUUGCUGGGCACUUUCCGGGGCUUUGCUGGAUCUUUCGGAAGUGCCAUUGGGGGUGGUAUCUUUGCACGAACAUUGCGCGAUGGGUUGGAGAGGGGCUUCAAAACACUAGACAACACGGAGCAUCUGUCUUUCGAUCGGCAACAGCUCAUCAAAAGACUCCUUGGGAGUCCAGCUCUAGUCCACGGCGGCGGCCUCGGAGCAAUUGAACAACAGGUGGCUGUUCAGGGUUAUGUGGCCGGUAUAAAGGUCCUCUUUCAAUCUGCAGUCAUUCUGGCUGCAAUAGUCUUUUUCCUGCAGGCUGCGACCGGUUGGAAAGGCCCAACUGACCAGGAAGACAAUGAGGAGGACGUUAGGGAAGAUUUAGCUGAGGCUGAUCCCGAGUAUGAGGCUUAA